AUGGAUAUUUCUUUCGUUGGAUUUAAAUAUGUUUAUGGCUUACCGGAACAUGGCGAUAGUUUUGUUUUAAGAAGUACAUUAGCUAUGGAUCCGUAUAGACUUUUUAAUUUGGAUGUAUUCGAGUACGAGCUUAAUUCGCAAAUGUCGCUUUACGGAGCAAUACCUUUUGUAAUGGGACAUAGCAAGGACCGUUCUGUUGCUGUGCUCUGGCUAAAUGCUGCUGAAACUUGGGUUGAUAUUAAUUCGCCUUUAGAUUCGAAAGGUAUUUUUGAAUCUUUGGCGGACAAACUAAAAAUUAUCACUGAUACUCCGGAAGUCACUACCCACUUCAUGUCUGAAACAGGAUUAAUUGAUGUGUUUAUA